UAUGUCAGAUCUCGCCAUCCGCGCGAAUUCCGGAGUCACGUGACGCUACAAAGGCAGUACUUAAGCCCGUGGCGCGCUCUUCACACGCAAGCUGUUGUGCUGUAGCGGGUUCUUGAGAGAAGUCUGUGUUUGUCGUGCAGUUUAUUUUAUCGUGAAAACAUGAGCUCCAUGAGAAGACCCAAGCAUGCAGAGAAUCCCUCUGAAAACAUAAAGAAGUUCCUUGUAGCGCCAACAUCUGGAGCAGGGUCGGGGAGGAGGACACUGCAGGUCCUUCAGCCGUCUGCUGUCAAUAAGAACCUUGGACGUAUCAUUGAGAAUGGCAAAGCGGUUCCUAAGAGGAAGAUGUGGAGCACGGAGCAGGUGAAGGGUUCAAAGAGAGUCAAAGCAGAGGUGGCCGUGAAAUCCACAAGUCCUGAGGAUGAAAACCAGCCCGAGGGGGUUACGCAAGAGGCUUAUGAGCUCAUGAUCAAAGAAACACCUGGGUCCUCCUACUGGAAGGAGGUAGCAGAAGAGAGGCGGAAAGCCUUGUUCAGUGUUCUCCAAGAGAAUGAAAAGUUGCACAAAGACAUUGAAGCCAAAGAUGAACAGAUUGCACAACUGAAGAAUGAAAAUGAGGAGUUGCAGGAGCUGGCGCAGCAUGUACAACACAUGGCUGACAUGAUUGAAAGAUUAACUGGUAAAAGUCCAGACAGUCUAGAGGAGCUGCGUGAAAUAGCCUUUGAUGCUGAAGAUGAAGAUGAGGAACAUGGAGAUGAGCGUAAAGCUGAUGAAAGCCAGGACAGUGUAGAACUGAGCAAAGAAGAGUCCCAUGACCAUAAUGUGCCACUUAAGGAUGACGCCACAACAUAAGAAAGCUGAGAUGAUGCCACCUGAGAAAUAUUGAACUGAAAAAAACCAUAAUGGCCCUGUUUGGGCUUUGUUUGAAAGUUUAUUUGCUUUAAGAACUGUUAUGCACCUUUUUAAAAUGCUUUUAGUUGCUGUUAAUGAGCUUUUAUUUUCAGUAUGUGUAGUUAAUGUGCAUGUUCACUGCCGGUGUACAUAUGUAAAACUGAAUGCAUGCAAUGGAAAUAAACUCAUAUUUUGUA